ACACAAAUUCCAGUACCAUUUUCCAAAAUGAGACCCACGCACGUUUUUCUACUGAUAGUUGCCGUACUGUCUGCGGUAACGGCCGAACAGGCCCGUUUCGAUAAUUAUCGAGUGUAUGAGCUGCACAUCGAAUCCGCCGAGCAACUCGAGAUACUGCAGUACUUGGAAGAGCAUCCUGAUGGAUAUAUUUUCUGGGAAUCGCCGGUACAGACCAAUAUGGAUCUAAAUCUGGUCGUUCCUCCUCAUAAAUAUUCCGAUUUCGAAGAAUUCACUACCAAACUGAACCUACAGAAUCGCUUGAUGAUCAAAAAUUUCCAAGAGGUAAUCGAUAACGAACGACCAAACAAGAACAAACGCAACGGUUUCGGAUGGGACGACUACUAUUCGACGGCCGAAAUUCACGCCUGGCUCGAUGAAAUGGUCGGACAGUACCCAUCUAUUCUAUCUAGCACUAUUUAUGGUCAAUCAUUCGAAGGACGAGACCUGAAAGCAGUCAAGCUUUCCCACAAGGAUGGAAAUCCCGGAAUUUUUAUUGAAGCUCAUAUUCAUGCUCGAGAGUGGAUUUCGUCCGCGACGGCCACCUGGCUGCUCAAUGCGCUUCUGACCUCUACGGAUGCUGCUGUAGUCGAUUUGGCACAAAACUACGAUUGGUAUUUUAUCAUGGUGGCCAACCCGGAUGGGCUGGAGUUCACACGUAGUAAUAACCGAAUGUGGAGAAAAACUAGACAGCCUUCCGGUAUCUUAUGUGUGGGCACAGAUGGAAACAGGAAUUUUGAUUACUUCUGGAGAAACGGAGGAGCCUCCACAAAUGCAUGUUCGGAUACGUUCUCCGGACCAACUCCAUUUUCCGAACCGGAAACGGCUGCCAUGUCACAGUACUACGCAACGAUUGCUGACAAAAUUAAUGUCCAGUUUUCUUUUCACUCGUUCGGUCAGUACCUUUUGACACCAUUUGGAUUCAACAAUUCUCCAACGCCAUCCAAUAAUGUUGAUCUGCAGCAAAUUGCUGCUAAAACGGUAGAAGCUAUUCGGGCAACGCAUGGGACUGUAUACACCUUCGGAAACAGUGCCCAACUGCUUUAUGUCACAUCAGGAAGCACUAAUGAUUAUUUCAUGGGAGUCCAUGGCACCAAAUUAUCCUACACAUUCGAGUUUCGAGAUACCGGUACCCACGGAUUCGCAUUGCCUGCUACCCAGAUUGUUCCAAACGCCCAGGAAACUCUCAAUGGACUGAUUGCGUUCGUCGCCGAAGCAAAAGCUCUAGGAUACAUGUGA